AUGGGAUACUGGAGAGAGUUCACGUUCCAAAAAAGGCCAGUAAGGUGGUUGACGCCAUCACCAGGUAUCAAAGCCAACAGGGCCCGGUCGAGCGUCGAGCAGCAGCAGAGAGUGGUGGCAAUUGACUUCGCUGUCUUGACGCCGACAGGGCGAGUACUCCACGGGCAAGUCGUCUUCAGCUGCCGCCGUCGACCAGACAUGUCCAGUGCCCAAACGCAGGCGCAAACUCUAACCACAAAGCCCAUGUACGUGACCGACAGCCGCACACAUUGUCUUUUGUGCCUUCGCAGCACCAACAGACUUGGCCGUGUCGAGACAGAAGCAAGGCAGGCUUUGGUCAAGUUCCGCAUACCAUGCCUCCUCUUCCCUGCAGCCCGCCACGGAUUGCCGCACGAGCAAAACCUUGGACGCCACAGAUGACGGUGGUGGUGAUGGUGGUGGUGGUGGAUGUGGUCAUGAUGGCCAUGGUGAGAAGGGUGACAACAUCAAGCAGAACAGCAGCAGCAAUGACGAUGAUAGCGAUGGGCGGCGGAGGCGGCGGCAUCGGCCGCGGUGGUGCUGGUG